AUGUCAUAUGCACCUGUAGAGGCCGACGAGAGGCUGGAGGAUCAAAGUGGUCUAGAGUUCAAAUCUUUCUUGGGGACAGACACCGCUGGAGGUCAGCAAUCGACAAACUAUGACCCUGGUUUCACUAGCCCGCGCACACGCCAGACCAGCUCGGCAUUCUGGUCGCUAGACUACUACACCCCAUACUUUGAUGUCGACACGUCGACAGUCCUCGCGCGAUGCUACAACACCCUCCUUCCCAUGUCACCAAACUACAUGUCGCCACGCGAUGACCUCUACGGCCCGUUCUGGGUCCUCACUACCCUCAUCCUCACCCUGUUCAUGUCUUCGUCCUUGGCGGCGUCCAUUGCUUCCUAUCUCUCGUCCCCAGAUUCCGAACAUUACGACUAUAACUUCACCCUCCUGUCCGUCGCUGUGACGCUGGUCUAUGCGUAUGGUCUCGGCAUCCCGGUAUUACUCUGGUUGCUUCUUCGAUAUCUCGGCGUUGGCGUAUGGAGCAUCAUAGAGGCGGUGAGCGUAUGGGGGUAUGCGCACUUCGUUUGGAUACCUGUUGCGAUUCUGUGCGUCAUCCCCGUGCCCAUCGUCCGCUGGGUAUUGGUCGGAGUGGGUUUCGCGCUUUCGGGUUACUUCCUGUUCAUGAAUGUGUACCCAGUCAUCACGCAGGCUGAGCAGAAGGCGACGCGCCUCCUUAUACCGGCCCUCAUUGCAGUCCAUGCUGGUGUCGCCCUGACCUUCAAGGUCCUCUUCUUUGGCUAUUACGUGAUAAAGGAGAUCGGACCUGGUGCCGAGCCCGAGCUCGGAGACGGGGAUAGCCCUGCAGGCGAGGUUGUCGCAAGAUUACUUGGGGUUUAAUGCCUAGAGAAUUCAUUCUUUCUCGAGCCACGCCUAUUAAAUGCCAUAUAGGAGCCAUGUCGAAUUUGCGAUCCCUUGUACAACGCUGCAAUCAAAAUUUCAAACCAAACAGGUUUCGCUCAACCUGUUUUAUCAUUCAGAAGAUAAACCUUUACAGAAACUCCCCUCAUGGUCUCUUUCUUUUUCUAUCCUUGAUUUCAAGGUGUAGAACAGCACACUUCGACCAAAUUGACUACAUGUUUUCGAGUUCGGGACAUCUCAUCACACACUGUCGGGGGCAUUUGCACAUCUACAUAACAACAUUUAC